AGAGGCCUGUAAUUAUUCAUUCAAAUCCAACCCACUAACUAUUAUGAUUCAAUCAAAUCAGCGGCCCCAUUCAGAACUUUUGCCAAUUCAUCCUUACUUUUGCGGGGCCUUAUGAUUAGUAGUGAGGCUUUCGUCGCUUUCAUUCCAUAUUACUCCCACUCCCACCACACUUCAGAGUUUCUGCGUUUUCUAGUUUACGAAUUUGCCAUCCUUUCUGUUUAUCGUCAUCGUUUCUCACUCUUCUUCUGCCAACGCAACGCUGCACCGAUAUUUUCAUCAAAGUUGAUCAAAUUCUUAAACCCACUACUGUUUCCUUAUCUGGGUCUUCAACAAAAGCGUCAAUGGCUUCUUCAGCCACCAAACCCUUCUCUGUUUUGUUUGGGUGCUUGGGUAACAGCUGUAGAAGUCCUGCUGCAGAGGGUGUGUUUAGAGAUAUUGUCAAAAAAAGGGGCCUUGAUUCUAACUUCAACAUUGACUCUGCUGGCACGAUUGGUUACCAUGAGUUUACUCUUAUUGAAGGGUGAUUUGGCUGACCCAAGAAUGAGAGCGGCUGCAAAACGGCGUGGGAUUGAGAUAACAUCCAUUUCAAGACCAAUCAAGCCUUCUGAUUUCAAAGAUUUUGAUCUGAUUCUUGCAAUGGACAAGCAAAACAGAGAGGAUAUAUUGAGUGCUUUUAAUAGGUGGAAAUUUAAGGAACCACUCCCGUAGGAUGGACACAAAAAGGUUAGCUUUUCAAUUUGUAAAGUGUGGUUGGGAUUGUUGUGUCAUCUUUUAUGUUAGUCGACGUUGCAGGUUAGGUUAAUGUGCUCUUAUUGUAAGAAACAUGAUGAAACAGAAGUGCCUGAUCCGUACGACGGCGGACCCCAAGGUUUUGAGAAGGUUUUAGAUUUACUUGAAGAUAGUUGUGAGUCAUUGUUGGACAGCAUUGUGGCCGAGAACAAUCCUGUUUAAAUUCUGAAACUCCUGGUUGGAAGUUGCUAUAUGCUGUUGGGGUUAAUCUUGGUGAGCAUUUAUUCUUUUACUGCAUAAUGUUUUAGUAGUGAUCUGAACAAGUUACAUUCAUCCACAGUCAUCAUCAUGUAAUAUAAAAGACCUCAGUUGACAUUGUAUUCCCUAUAUUUACAUCAAGUCAUCCUUUAGCCUAUGAAAGUAAAAAAAUUGUUCAUGGUUGCAAAGCCAGAAGGAAAAAGAUCAAGUACUGUGAAAUUAUAUCAUAUUUACAUU